AUGUUUGGACAACCUGUAGAGAUUGAACAACCCACCUGGUUAAAUAAGCGCUUAACCAGAAAGAUUUCAAAAACUUUUUGUGAACAUCUACUAUAUAUCUUCGCAGCUAUAAAAUGUGCAUUGACAACAACAUUCGACACCUUGAAUGACAUUGACGUAUUAUGCUUAUCUAUGUACAUACUAGUAACGAAGCCCACCACUCCGUUACUUUGGGUGAUGACCGAACUGCCACUUUGGUCUCCUUCAAGUAGAAUGGAAGGUCUUGUCCAAAUUGAAGAACAUCGUCCAACUCAUCUUGUUAGUGGAAUACCACCGUUGACGAUUCGGUUGACUUGGGUGGCUGAAGGGAGACGCAAAUCAGAUGCCAGAAUUAUAAAAAUGUCUUUUUAUUUACUUCCUGUUGAUCAAUUACCGAUCCUCAAUCACCUCUACAAUAAUAAUGAAGUAGAUAAUGAGAAUGUCACUACCUCUGAGGAUGUGAAAAAAAAAAUUGAUUAUGAAGUUAAAACAUUUUAUAUGGAAAAGAAGAAUCUGAAGGGUAGUUUUGGAUACUCUUUCGUGGGUCUCAUAUGGAGUACUUAUUUAAUGAGAGUGAAUUUGGAAUUAAGUAGUACUUUUGACAGGAGAGCAGAAAAGCAGAAGAGAAUCAUUAAGCAAUACUAUCUCCAUUCCAUCUAUGUAUGCGUAGUGAUCACAAAAUAUUAUCUUUUUGCAAUUUACAAGUAUCUUAUCGUUUUAAGUAAAUUGGUCUGGGUAAAAGAUAAAUUACAAAAUGGUGUAGGUCAACAACACCUAAAUUAUCCAAACCUACAAUGUACAAACAGUAAACUUUCCUCAUCACGAUUCAACAACCAAUGGAAACUGGUAAAAUUGUGCAUAUGUUUGACAUUUAAAAGGACAAUAGAAUUCGAAGUAUCUCAUAACGGCAAUCCAUGUCAACCUGCCUGUUUAUCUCUCAAGCCAAACUGUCAGUAA